GUUAACAAAGGUUUUUAUUUUGUUUAGCUUUAUUAUCAUUAUUAUAAUUUAAAUUUUACCUGCUAUCACAAGAAGAAACUACGGUUUCAUGCACGACAAAGCUUACAAGAAGAAAGAGUCAGUCUUAGGUUAAUUCUGUUGAUUCAAUCUGGCAGGACACAUAUGGCAAAACAGGGAAACUUUUCAAUAAACAUAAUCCAACGCAUACCUGCAGAUAAAACGAAAAACUUUAAACCUGCUAUCGAAGAAAUGACUAAAGGUCACACACGCACAGGCCCUUCCGUGACUUCAGUGUAUUUACGAACAAGUAAUGGUACUGUAAAAGCUCACGUGGAUACUUCACUUAUGGAUAAAGGAUCCACUCCGUGUUUGUUUGUCCUGGAAAAACCUCACCAGGUGCAAAAAGUACCACUUUUGGAUGAACCAAUGAUAUCUGAAAAAGAAAAUGUUAUAAAGGGAAUGAAAGAUGUGUUUCUACCUCAAAUUGAAGAUGCUGAAAUUGAACACGGUAUUGCUCGCAUUGAAUAUUUCUUACUUUAGUUAUAGAUACAAGGGUGGUAGUAAUAUUG